AAACGCUAACGGGUCAAGGCGUGAAAUUGCUCCGAUUGCGAGAUCUAGACCCCGAGAGAAUUGGAGAAACCCUCCAUUACUGAUUACUCGUUCGUUUUUCACUCAGGGUUCACGUUUCUGGUUUCGAAUCCGAGGCCAUGGAGAUGCAGCUGGGUAUUUGAAGGUUCGGCUGUUGAAGACUAAUUCAGAUGCCGGAAGUUUGAAACAGAAGCUAAUCGAAGUGGCCCCCAGCACAGACUACGAUGGAGUGUGUUGUUCAGGGCAUAAUAGAGACACAGCACGUUGAGGCCCUUGAGAUACUUCUUCAAGGUAUUUGCGGCGUUCCUAGAGAACGAUUGAGACUUCAUGAAAUAUGCCUAAAAAGUGGACCCAACUUAGGUGCUGUGGCUUCGGAGGUUCGGAUCUUGUGUGAUCUAGAGCAGGCUGAACCGGCAUGGACGGUUAAACAUAUUGGAGGGGCAAUGAGAGGAGCAGGGGCUGAACAACUCUCUGUUCUGGUUAGGACAAUGGUAGAAAGCAAAGUUAGCAAGAAUGUGCUUCGUCUGUUCUAUGCACUUGGCUACAAGUUAGACCAUGAGCUGCUUAGAGUUGGUUUUGCUUUCCGUUUCCAUCGGGGUGCUCACAUAACCGUGACAGUUUCAUCAGUUAAUAAGAUGUUAAAGCUACAUUCGACGGAUGAGGCUGUGCCUGUAACACCUGGUAUACAGCUAGUCGAAGUGACAGCCCCAGCAACUUCUGAAAACUAUUCUGAAGUAGCCGGUGCAGUGUCAACUUUCUGUGAAUAUCUUGCACCCCUGCUGCAUUUGUCGAAACCGGGAAUAUCCACCGGUGUCGUUCCUACUGCUGCUGCUGCCGCAGCAUCUCUCCUAUCUGAUGGUGCAGGAACAACAAUGUAGAUUUUUCUCGGCACUGAAGCUCUACAUCCAUAUCUUCCCGAACCUUAUGACGAAGAAAACAGGAUACCAUUCUGCUCGGAUUCGGAAACAGACUGAAUUAUCGAUUGGAUGCUGCUGCUUAUCCAAAUUCUGGAUGUGGCUGUGAGUUCGGCGAAAGUUUAGAUGUUAGCAAAAACUUGAUCUCAAAAACACUCCCUGUAGUUGCUACACAUGGUGUUAGACUAGACUAACUUUUUGGUUUCCAUUGAAUUAAGUUGUAGACAUUAGAUGAAGGCUUGUUGUAUUUAUGUAAAUAUCUUCAACUACCUCAUCCAUUUUCAAUUGGGGCUUCUUCUAGUGUAACCUUUUUAACUCAUAGGCUACAAAGAUUUUUUUUUUUUUUUUUUUUUUGGUGUAGGAUUGGUUCAUUAGAAUCUUAUGAGAUUAUAAGGAACAUUUUAAUA